AUGACGUCCGCUGAUCCCUCCCUCUCUCCCCCCCUCUCUCCCUCUCGCCCCGCUCUGACGUCCGCUGGUCCCUCCCUCUCUCCCCCCCUCUCCCCCCCACCCCGCCGUCCGCUGACCUGUCCGUCCGUCCGUCCGUCCCUCCAGAGCCAGGCCGAGGCCCACUACAAGGGGAACCGCCACGCGCGGCGCGUCAAGGGGAUGGAGACGUCCAAGAGCGGCCGCAGCCCGGACGCCGACAAAACACAGCCCCCCCUGCUGGUCUGCCCCCCAGCGCCGGGAACCUCCCCCUGCAGCCCGGGACCCGAGCCCAGCAGGGAGGGUGAGAACACACGCCUCACGGUUCCACAGAGAUACGAGCCCCAGCCCAUGUGCACCGAGGACCCCCCUCCACCCCCCAGCCCCCAGCCCACCCUCGCCCUCCCCGGCGGGGAUUGGCCCCUCCUCCUUUCUUCUGGGCAGACUCCGCCUCCGCCACCACCGCCGGCGCCGACCGGCUCUCCGGGCCCCGGCGUAGUGGCGCCCGGGGACCUGACGGUCCCGGGGCCCCCGGACGACACGUCCCCGGCCCCCAGCCAGGCCCCCAGCCCGGCCUCGGGGGACUCGGAGGAGGACAAGGCCAAGAAGCUGCUCUACUGCUCCCUCUGCAAGGUGGCUGUCAACUCCCUCUCCCAGCUGGAGGCCCACAACAAAGGCACCAAACACAAAACCAUCCAGGAGGCGCGCAGCGGGCUGGGGCCCAUCAAGGCGUACCCCCGGCUGGGGCCCCGGGUGCCGGGGGAGCCGGGGGCCUCCCCGAACUCGGAGGCCAACUCGGAGGAACGGACCUUCCACUGUGAGAUCUGCAAUGUCAGGGUGAACUCAGAGCUGCAGCUCAAGCAGCACAUAUCGAGCCGGCGGCAUCGCGACGGAGUGGCGGGAAAACCCAACCCUCUCCUGAGUCGGCACAAGAAGCUCAGAGAAUUCAUGCCCACCCUGAGCUUCUCCAAGGACCUUCCUAAGAACCUGGGGGCCGGCCUCCUGCCCAACCCCCUGGCCGUCGCCGCGGCGAUGGCAGCCGCAGCAUCCAACAAUCAGCUGGCGCAGAUACGGGCGGCGUGCCCCGGCGCCCACCCCCACCCCCACCACCCCCACCACCACCCCCAUCACCCCCACCUGCUACAGGGAACCCCCCUCAGCCUGCUGCGGCCCGCCCCGGGCCCCAUGCGUACCGCGCACGGCCCCAUCCUCUUCGCCCCCUACUGACCGGACCGGGGGGCCCGGCGGGGGGAGAAGCACACUGUGAAGCCCACGGACCGGUGACACGUUUCACUGAGGCGGACAUUCAUCCAUCCACCCCUUCUUUCUCAUUUCCCCCUUCAUCCUCCAGCAGCCUGGCGUCCGUCACGGGGGCCGGCCUGGGGGGACGGUCUGCCUAAGGGACGGUCUGCCUAAGGGACAUCUGCCUAAGGGACGUCCGGAGAAAUGCAUGAAAAAAACACGGAGGUCCUCACACAUCGAUCAUCUCCCUAAGGGUUCAGGCGGUUGGAGCUGUGAGGGACAAAGACCAGGCCGUGCAGAUGACAAUGGGAUCUUUUUUCUUUCAAGGAUUGUUUUUCGUUUAACAUGACUGAUGCAAAGCCCUACCUCUUCAAUCCCCUCUCCGUCCCGAUCUGUCCAACCAACACCUUCUCUUCCUGAGUGUGGGAAAGUCCUCCUGUGUCCUGUGUCCACCGGCAUCAUUCUAACCUCCACACACAACAUGGACCGGACAAUAUGCACUUUUUAGAUCUGUAUUUUGUGAGCUACGUGUGCGUGCUUUUCCUCUUAAAGGUAUUAGUAUCUGUUUUAGAAGUGAUUGAUACUAGUCUAUAUUUUCUUCUCUGGGAGAGGAAACUCAAGUGAAGGAGGGACGAAUCGUGUCUUAAGGCUGAGACAGCUGACUGAAGGCCAAUGGGGCUGUGAUGAGACCUGAGACAGUGGCUUGGUAAGUGGCUUAGUGAGCGGCUUGCUUAGCGGCUUGCCUAGUGGCCUGCUUAGUGGCUUGCUUAGCGCCUUGCUUCGUGAGUGGCUUGGUGAGGGGCUAAGUGAAUGGCUAUGAGUGGCUAUGUGAGUAGCUGUAGCCGUUUAGGUUCAACCAGCAUUCCUCCCUUCGGUCCUCGAUGGCCGAUCACUAGCAGUGCGUAUGUCUGCGAAGGGACCCAGCCCUCCCCCUUAUGCAGAUCUCAUGGUACCAGCUGUUUCUGUACCUCAUGUUUCAAACAGAAGUGUCUUAAAGGAAUCAUCUGAACACUGUGAACACAACCCAAGGGGCACUAUACUCAUUGUUCCCUGCCAUAACAAAACUGAAUUCUAAAUGCACACUGUUGCUUGUGGUGGAGCUCUGCCCACCGCGAGAGGCAGCUACACCAGCAGGGUGGUUGGGGGAGGGGGGGGGGGGAUGCACCACGUGCACAACACCGUUUCCCUGUUUCACUUGAGUCCGUGUUUUAAAACGAGUUCAAGUCGGUCUCUCUUCAGAACUCUUAGUCAUUAGAUAGAGCACUCGCUCGAGUCUCGAGUGACCGCUACGUAUAACUGCAGCAUGUUGUGCAGUUCCACGGUCAUACGCCCUCAUCUUCCGCUCUGUCGCAAACGAUUCCCUCCACACACUGAGGGCCCGGCGGCCAAUCACUAUGCUCGUUCUAUUCCCCUUAGGCCACACCCUCUAGCUCUCUCCUUAUGGGCAUAGGUCAAAGGCAGUAGAGUCUGCACCUGACUCAAAACCCAAGGUCAUGAUCACUCCUAUGACAUGGGAAUCAGAUCAAGGAACCCAGAAAACACAGAGCAGCAAGAAACCACCACACAACUGAUCUCCAGCCAGCCCACUGGCUCGAUGGCCAACGUACUUCACAUGUAGGCGUGCAUCAUACCAUCGCGUAGUCAAUGAGGGAAACACUCAUGAGGCAAGAGACGCCUUUUGAGCACUAAAGCUAUGAUAUGUUAAAGCCAUGAUAAACAAUGGUGUUGUCAUGGCAUCCACGUAGACAUUUAGCAUGCCCUGAGCUCACAUCACUCAGACUGAUGCAUUUCACAUGUUGGGGUACAGGUCACAUGUUGGGGUACAGAUCACAUGUUUGGGUGCAGAUCACAUGUCGGGGAGUAGGUCACAUUUUGCGCUACAGGUCAUAUGUUAUGGUGAAACUCACAUGUUGAGGUGCAGGUCACAUGUCGGGGAGUAGGUCACAUGUUGGGGUACAGGUCACAUGUCGGCUGCAGGUCACAUGUUCGAUUGAAUCUCACAUGUUUGGGUACAGGUCACAUGUUGGUGUGUAGGUCACAUGUUGGGGUGCAGGUCACAUGUUUGGGUACAGGUCACAUGUUGGUAUGUAGGUCAAAUGUUGGGGUGCAGGUCACAUGUUUGGGUGCAGGUCACAUGUUGGGGUGCAGGUCACAUUGUGGGGUUCAGACAAUGCUACUCUUAUGGGAUUUGUGACAGGGAAAUAUUAGCAAUACUUAAAAAUACCCUACUCCAGAAAAAAGGUAUAUUGUAUGAUGCAAUAACAGAAAUCGUCUCAAUAUAUUUAAAUGUUACUUAGGGGGCGUGUCAUGACUUGUAAUUGUACACAUGUAGAUUAUUAUAGAAAUGUAAAAGAACAGAGAGAAAAAUCAUUGUUGAUAUUGAAUUAGCUAAAUAAAUUAUUAAAUAAUGUGAACAAUGGCGGUUGUUGUUGAUAUACUUCCCAAUACACACACCUUUAAACCUUCA